AUGAAGGGCGCGCGAACUGCGUUGCGGCUGCUGCUGCUGGGGCUGGCGCUGGGGCUAGGGUUUCUGGUGGCGCCGGGCGCUCCGGCCGCCCGAGCCGAAGAGUACGACUACUACGGCUGGCAGGCGGAGCCCCUGCCCGGCGGGGGCGCUGGGCGCUUCUACUCCAAGCCCCCGCAGUGCCUGGACAUCCCAGCCGACCUGGCGCUCUGCCACACAGUGGGCUACAAGCGCAUGCGGCUGCCCAACCUGCUGGAGCACGAGAGCCUGGCCGAGGUGAAGCAGCAGGCGAGCAGCUGGGUGCCGCUGCUGGCCAAGCGCUGCCACUCGGACACUCAGGUCUUCCUGUGCUCGCUCUUCGCCCCCGUCUGCCUGGACCGGCCCAUCUACCCGUGCCGCUCGCUGUGCGAGGCCGUGCGCGAUGGCUGCUCCCCGCUCAUGGGCUCCUAUGGCUUCCCCUGGCCCGAGAUGCUACACUGCCACAAGUUUCCGCUGGACAACGACCUGUGCAUCACCGUGCAGUUCGGCCACGUGCAGGCCACCGCGCCGCCAGGAACUUUAGACACCUGCAGAUCUUCCUUCAGGCUGAGUCCUCCUUACUUCUUCCCUUCUAUCCCUCCUCCCCCCACAGUGGUCAAAAUGCGGAUCAAAGAAGUCAAAAGUGAAAAUGGCGACCGGAAACUCAUUGGGGCCCAGAAGAAGAAGAAGCUACUCAAGACUGGGCCCUUGAAGCGAAAGGACACCAAGAAGCUGGUGCUCUACAUGAAGAAUGGGGCCAGCUGUCCCUGCCCCCAGCUGGACAGCCUGACUGGGAACUUCCUUAUCAUGGGGAGAAAGGUAGAGGGGCAGCUUCUGCUUACCGCCAUCUACCGCUGGGAGAAAAAGAACAAGGAAAUGAAGUUUGCUGUCAAGUUCAUGUUCUCCUACCCCUGCUCCCUCUACUAUCCUUUCUUCUAUGGGGCUGCAGAACAACACUGAAGGGUAGUCCUCCUUUGUCCCCCACCCAACCCUCCCUGGUCUCAGCCCUGCGGACUAGCUGCCUCUUCUGCCACCCUCACCCUGGUCUUCCCUCCUGCUCUGACCAUUCCUGAUGGAGCCACUGAGAGGGAGAGAGGACAGUUUCCCAUGAGGGGGGAAAUGAUAAGCAAAUUGAGGCAAGCUCUUCUCUCCAUGGGCCAACAGGUGAUAUCCUAGCCUUAAGGGAAAGGUAUAGAGACAGGGGGUCACCCUCAUUGGCCAAGAUAUACCAUGGUGGCCCUGCUUUAGGUUCCCCCUAUCCCAGUCGUGCUGCCUUAUCCCAUUGAGAGGGACCUCUGGGUCUCAGCAAGCAGGAGGAGGAAGGGAACGAGGAAGGGGCAGGAAUGUAAAGAGACAGGUUAUUUCCAGGGGGAGAUCAGGUAGUAUAGCCUCUCUCACUCUCAGUGAUGGAAACAAGGAUAAGGAGAUCCCAUUCUGAAAUAGAAUGAGUUGCCCUGAGCAGCUCUCCUCACCUCAUUCCUCCAGAAAGGAAAAGAAGUGAGAAACACCAGGGAAAUGCAUUGUGGGGUUUAUCAUCAAAGCCCCAAUCUUUCCUCCUUCCCCUUCUACCACUGACCUCGUCUCACCCCAUUUCUCUACCCCUCUACUUAGGUGUAUCUACCACUGGCCUUGAACUAAAUGGGAAGACCAGUUCCCAUCUCUAUGCAAUUACUGCCCCCUACAAAAUUUCUCCUGGGAAGAUUCAUUCACCACCCUUAAAAUCUCCUGCCCACCAUUUUCCCCACCCUCCAACCGUGUUUAAGUAAAUUAUUGCUGGUGCUGAGGUCAUUGGGGCUACAGGAUUUAUAUCAUUUUUUGUAAAUUUCUAAUUAAAUCUGAGA